AUGUCGGGCGUGUUCUGCGAGCGGGUUCACCUCAGACACGACCCGAAGUGGGCGGCUCGGUUCGGCUCGCCGGACGGCGCUCAGCGGCUCUGCGCAGCCUGCCUGGUAGAGAUGCUGGAGGACAGCGGCAUCUCAGUGGUUCGGAAGAAGCACGCCCUCUCCUGUUUCAAGAGCAUCAUGACACGCUUCCCGGCCGAGGUGGCGGAGCUGCUGAUGCAAGACAGCCGUGUUUGCGUGCAUUUUGUUGGGACUCUGCUGGCGUUGCUGCCCAGCGCCGAAGACGCCUCUGCGAUCGAGCAGGUCAUCCAAGUGCUGGUUCAGCUCCUGGUGGAAUUGAAGUCAGAGCUGCUUCUACACUGCGUGCUGGAGCAGUGUGAAACAAAGGUGAGCAACAAAACCCAUGAGCCUGAGAUUCUGCAGUUGCUCAGCCCGGCCAGCGUGAGGCGCUGCCUGCCCCUGUUCACCUUCCUGGGGAAGUUGCUGGACUCGCUCCCGGGCGUAGCUGAGAGGCUGACGCUGGAACACAUGCCCCUGUUGCAGCAGCUCUCUGCAAUGCUCCUGUUCCCUGACGAGGGGGUCCAGGCCUCUCUGUGCUUUGCGUUCGGGAGGCUGUAUGGAGGAGGAGGCUCGGCAGCCCAGGACAGGCUCUCUGCGCUCUUCAGAGACAGGCUGUGCACAGGACUGCUGACAAUCAUGAGCAGAGCUCAGAGCAAGGAGCUGCACAUCAACUGCCUGGGUUUCCUGAAGCAGCUGCUCAGGGGCAGUGAGUUUGUGUCGCUGUUGAUGGAGCCCCCUGUGAAAGAGCAGAACAACGAGGAGACUGAGAUAGAGAGGAACCCCCUGCCUCUGACACUGAAGAGAUUGCUGAUGAGCGGGGACGAGACCCUGCAGAUUGGCAGCUCCCAGUGCAUGGCGUCUAUACUGGUCCACUCUCCACACCAGUACGCUGCUCCGCUCAUACUGGCAGACAUUCCGGAGUUCCUGUUUGAGAGGCUGAGCUGCAGUAAUGAGGUUUUGCUGUGGUCUGUGUACAGCUGCCUGCUUCUGCUGACUGAGGAGAAGCUGUUCUUCACAAAAUGCCACUCUGUGUACGGUAUUGAGUCUCUGGUACGCAGUGUGAAGGAGGCUGUCAGGCUGGGAAACCCCGAGGUGCUCAAACAAGGGCUGCUGCUGUUCAGAGAGGUGCUACAGAGGCAGCCCGAGGGCAUCAAGCUGUUCUCCAGCCCUGCUUCAUUCGGGGAGGCAGUGGAGACCCUGAGAGAGGGCAUUACCGGCAGCAGCCUGGAGGUGGCGACAGAGGCAGCCUGGGCAGCCACAGCACUGCUGAGGGUGAGUCACCUGCCCGUCCCAGUGCAGUACCAGGCCCUGCAGAGUCUGGUGGAGGCGGUUCUGGAGCGAUGCAGAGCCGCAGCAGAGACCGCCAGCCUGACACAGCGCCGAGCUACAGCACAGCCCGGCUCGGAGCCCGGCUCUCAGGCCUCGAGAGCGGGGGCGUUCAUACUGAGCUCCCUGGAGACCUUCCACAGAGCCUGCAGGCUGGCUGUGGACUGCUCUCUCCACCCCUCUCUGCUGCUCAAUGUCUUCACAGCCCCUCACUCUCACAGCAUCGACACCCUGGAGAGCUUCGCUCGCUUCCUGCUCUCCGCGUGCGACACCCUCUGCAUUCCCACCGUCACCAGCCUGUGUGAGAGAGCUCCCAGUGCCUCUCUGUUACUGGUUUUCUACUCCAUCCUCAACUCCCAGUACAGCCUGGUCCCCAGCAUGAUGGGACAGUUCUCUGCCAAACUGGCUUCAUCCUGUUUCUUCAGACUCACCCUGGAGCUGAAAGCAGCCUUCUGUGCAGGAGAGAGGAACGCUCAGCUCAAUGCAGUUUGCUCUGAGUUCCUGUGCAGGGUGAGCCUGAGCCUGCUAGCAAACCAGCAGACAGCAGAGUCCACUCAGCAAGAGCUGGGUGAGCUGCAGGGUGUGUUGCAGAGGGCUCUUCCUGUGUUGAUCUGUCGGCUGUCAGACUACCCUGUCCUGCUCAGUGAGGACCCAGGAGGGGAGGGGGCGGUGAGGGACACACAGCACUGCCUGCUCACCCUACUGUACCUGGCACACCUCCAUCAGGACAGGUUGGUUGCUGAAGCCAGUCUCUUCCCAGCGGUCUGCACUUUCUUGAUCUGCAGCCAGGAGAGGAGAGACACCCCGCCUGCAUUCACACUGAGAGCAGCGCUGUACCUGCUGUCUGUGAGUCAGGAUUACAGCAGAGAGCUGGACUGGUCUCCCCUGAACAGCAUCUGCAGCUCCCUGUGUGUGUGCCCCUCUUUCUCCUCCCUCUACACACACCACCCCCUGGUUUUGAGGUUCCUGUUCUGGUACCCCAAGCUCACAGACUGCUUCGGACUGCCUGCCCUGCAGCGCUGGCUGGGGCAGGGAGACUGGACCGGACCCCAGCAGAACCAGGACCAGGAGCAGGACCCGAGCUACAGGGCUGUGCUGGCCGUCAUCCAGGACAACCCCAGCACCAUACUGGUCUUACUGGGUAUUAUCUGCACUGGGGAGGCCCAGCUAUCCCACAAUGCCCUGCUGGUGCUGAAGUCCUACCUGCAGGGUCGUGACCCCGGCGACCUCUCUCCCUUUGAUCUGCUGCGACCGCGGCUGCUCCAGAUCCUGCAGCGAGUCGGGAUCGAGAGCGAGGGCCGGGCCUCCGAGGCCCCCGGGGUGAACAGGAGCCUGGCUCUAGUGCUGGAGCUGCUGAUUGUGGUUCAGGUGAAGAGCUCCACUGGGAGAGAGAUGGACAGCACUGACUUCAAACUUCUGUACCACGUCAGCACCCUGGCUGGUAAAAUGCAAUCCUCCAGCACUGAAGAACUGCAGCCUGCCUUCAAGUACCUGUACGGGAGCCUGUGUGCUUGCAACAGCGGGAGAGCUGUAUCGAUGCUGCUCUCCAAUGUCGGCUUGUUGGAUCUGCUCCAGUCUGUCUGGGAGCUGUACUGGGCCAGGCCUCAGUCCUCAGACUCUCCUGCUCACACCUCCCUGCUUUCCUCAGCCUGCCUGCUGCUCACCGCCCUGCUCAAGUCCCAGCGGGCUCACAGCGCUCAGGUUUACCGGGGGUUCAGUCUCAGUAUAGAUCAGAUUCUGCAGCUUCUCUCCUCCAGGAAGAAGUCAGGCAGUCUGCUGCUGGCCUCCUCCCUGCUCCUCUUGCAGACUCUGUUGGAUCAGGACCUGAGCUCUGCUCUGCUGUCGGUAGGCCUGUCUGAGAGGAGAGAGCGCCCCCUAGAGGCCCACGAUUCUGCCCUGUACCCACUGAGCAGCGAGAGGGCAAACUGGCUGCUGAUAGCCCUGCAGAAUCUACUGAUACAGAGGCAGGAUCUGCUGCUUCACUCUGCAGUGGGGUGUCUGGGGGCUCUACUGGGCUUCCUGACUCGGAGAAACCAGAACACAGCCCUGCAUGUCGUGUCCCAGCCCUGGACUCGCUUCCUGCUCUACACUCUGCUCAAUUCGGGAGAGGAGUCGAUGCUGCACCCUGCCCCGCUCUCUCUGAUCACCCUGCUACUGAAGUAUCAGAGUAAGAAUGUGGCUUGGGAGCCAGACCUGAAUCAGAUAGUGGAGACUGCCAAGAGGAGAGGAGCUGGGGAGCUGGGAGAGAGCACAGCACAGGCUCUGAGAGAACUGCUUACACAGCUGCAGAGCUCAGGGCCGGCACCUCCAGGGCUGAAGGAGAAGGAGGAAGUGCAGAAUCUACUGGAGGAACUGGAGAGAGAGGAGAGGAGAGAGAGGAGAGGGGAGAGAGCCUCCAGCACAGAGGGGUCGGGCCGACGGCGACUCACGUAUUUAGCAGAACUUUUAAAACACAGGAUACGCGAAGAUAAGAAAUAA